AUGAAAUCUAAUAACGAACGAAAGAAAAACCUUUACUAUACUUCUCUUUUGGCCACUCCCACCAAUGCAUUAUUGGUGUUAGAUCCCGAAGGCAAGCUUUACUACGCGUCAUUGGGUCAAAAUAUCGUCAACUUACAGAACCUUCUUGUUAAAGAUUUUCAAGGACAAAAACACGUCCAAUUAAAACCAUUAAGUACAGUGGCCGACAAAACUAAAGCUGAAACUACCAUUGGUAAAUUUAGACAAUUGCUUGUUGAUCCCAAGGUACCACAGGACAUUCCCAUUGAGAUCAUUUUUGGGACGCGUCUACAACGCCAAAUAUGGCAAGAAUUGAUGAAUAUUCCAAUAGGUGAAGUCAAGACGUAUAGCCAAAUAGCGGGGAAGCUAAACUUACUGGGAAAACAUGCGCGAGCAAUUGGCGCCGGUUGUGGAGCUAAUCGGAUUGCAAUUGUUAUACCGUGUCAUCGUGCAAUAGGUGCCAACAAGAAAUUGACGGGCUACAGGUAUGGAAAAGAUACAAAAACUUAUCUCCUAAAGCAUGAGUUGGAGGAGAAGUUCUCCGAGAUAGCCGUUGAAGGAGAGAAAGGGUUGUGGUUAUGA